AUGGAGUCAGCUAAGGACAACGGCGAAUCAAAGACAGAUGUGCUCAUCAUCGGAGCAGGUCCAUCGGGACUAAUGGCAGCGUACUGGAUGGCUCGCUGCGGCAUCAAUGCUCGCAUUGUGGACAAGCGGGGGACUAAAGUGUUCACAGGCCAAGCUGAUGGUUUACGCAUGAGGACCCUCGAGCUUUUUGACAGCAUAGGGUUCCAGCAUCGUGUCCAACAGGAGGGUCAUGUAGCCGUUGAAGCUAACUUUUGGGUUCCUGAUGGGAAAGGAAACCUCAUUCGGCAAGGCCCGCACUGCAGUUCCAAGGCCAACGAGUCACCCUUCCGCAAUAUGCUCUUGAAUCAAGGCCGCAUCGAGCGAUUCCUGCUAGACAGUAUUCAAGCGCACUCCGACCUUCAAGUUGAGCGAGGUGUGAUCGCAGAGACUUUUGAAUAUGAUGAGAAGAUGGAAGACGAUCCAAAUGGCUAUCCGAUCACCGUCAAGCUACGAACUUUGAGUGACGAAGAAGCGAAUCCUUCGAGUCUCCGAGUGACAGAGACGAAUCACACUGCGGCGGCCAGGGGAGUGGCUCGCGGCAAUCUACUCUUGGAUGACUGGAACGAGCUGGUUACAAGAAGUAGAGCAAAGGAGACUAAAUCGGAGAUUGUCAAGGCCAAAUAUCUGAUUGGCUGUGACGGGGCACACAGUUGGACGAGAAAGCAGGUGAACAUCCCGUUGGAAGGUUCAACUACGGAUCAUGUUUGGGGUGUGAUUGAUGUGGUUCCAAUUAGCGACUUUCCGGAUAUUCGUCGCCUGGGAACUGUGACCCAUGCGUCGGGUACCAUCCUAGUUAUUCCCCGGGAACGGAACAUGGUCCGCUUAUAUGUUCCAGUUCAGACAAUCGAAGCAGUCACCACCAGUGAAGGGCGUUUUGAUCGCUCAAAAAUUACGUUGGAGAUCAUCAAGCAGCGAGUACAAGUAAUCUUCGCUCCGUAUACUUUCGAUUUCCAGGUCUGUGACUGGUGGGCUGCGUACCAAAUCGGACAACGGAUUGCACCAACUUUCUCCAAAGGGAACAGAAUCUUCCUCGCUGGAGAUGCAGUUCAUACACAUUCGCCUAAAGUGGGCCUGGGGAUGAACAUGAGUAUGCAAGACGGUUUCAAUAUCGGCUGGAAGGUCGCUCUGGUUGCGAGUGGUGUUGCACAGCCGUCAAUUCUUGGUACCUAUGAUGCAGAAAGGCAUCGGUUAGCCGAGAUGUUACUCGACUUCGAUCGGCAUUGGUCCGGACUAUUCACUGAAGGCGACGAAGAGAGCAAACCUCAGAACAUGAUCAAAGUCGUCGAAUUGUUUGAAGAUUUUGCAGAUGGACGAAAAUCAUUCUAUGGGGCUAGUGAGCUGGUCUGGAAACUUGAAAAUGACCGAGACCAGCCUGCAGCUCGGCAUUUAACCCCUGGAGAGCGUUUCCCCCCAGUCAAGCUUCGUAUGCAAGCAGAUGGUAAUCUCAGAUGGACAACAAGGCUUCUGGAAAGCGAUGGACGAUUCCGAGUUGUGAUUCUGGCCGGUGAUAUGCGGGAAGCAACUCAGAAAGAUCGCGUUCUGGCAUUGACACAAAGUCUCUCUGGAAGUGAUGAGAAUGAAUCAUUGGUCCUUGACCAUUAUACUCCUAUCGUGGGCCAUUUUGAUUCCGCUAUCGAUGUGAUUGCCAUCCACAGUGCGCCAUGGACCGAAGUGGAAUUCUUUGACUUCCCAAAGAUUCUGCGCCCAUUUGACCCUGUUCGAGGCUGGAACUAUGAUAAGAUUUGGUGUGAUGAUGCUUGCAUAUGGAACAAGGACUGUGAUGGAAAGGGGUAUGAACGAUGGGGAGUGGAUCGAAUGCGAGGCGCCAUGGUGGUUGUUCGUCCCGAUCAAUAUAUCGGGUGGGUUGGGGAGCUUGAAGAAGUGGAUGAAUUGACUCGUUAUUUGGAUGGAGUUUUGAUUCGAAAGGCAGCCAACAAUUGCCCACACUAG